CCUCGUUGCAUUCCCGGGAGGACUGAGACUGCAAAGGGAGACAGGAGCAGGGCGUCCUGGGGCGGCUCCAAGCCACCGAGCUGCAGACGGGAGAGAGUGGGACAUGGUCUUGGCAGGUCGGUUUCACUGGAAGAGUUGUCUUUUUUUUUUAAUGGGAAACAAUAAUUUCCAUGGGAAGUUAAUUCAAACAAACAGGGCUAGAUAUUGGAGUAGAAGGCAGAUGUAGGCGACCUUUUAAGACCAAACAGGAGAUAUGAAAGCGACAUGAAGCCUAGGUGUCCCACAGUCAUGACUGAGGCAGGUCCUCCGUGGGGCGGGGGUUUCUGAGGGAAAGUCUGAGCAGGCCCUUCGCGGGAGAGGAGGGACCCGGGAAAGUCCUGGGCCUGGGAAGCAGGGCCAGCGGCAGAGCGAGCCUGCUUCCCCGCGUGUCCUGGUUGGCCUGGCCCUGGAAGCAGGGCCCACAGCUGCUGCGUGUGUGCAGGACAGUGUGCCUGUGGGUGUGCUUGGAGGGGAGGGGGCGGAGGAAGCAGAGCCAUGGCCGCGCCGACAGUCUCUCACACACACAAAAGCACACAGAUGUGAGCCCUGUGAAUCACCCAGCCAGUGAGUCAGCCCCCAGGAUUCCUGUCGGGGAGUGAGCGAGGCUAGGCAGAGGUCUGUCGGUCCAUCUGUUUGUCUGGUGUGUGUGCGCCUGAGUAGGUGGGUUGUGGGAGGUGGUGGGGAAGGUGCCGGGCAGCGUCCUGGAAGGGCUUUUGGGUGGAGUGAUGGGAGUCUCCAAGCCCCAGGACGAGGGCUUGGGCCUCUCUGCUCCGUCUUGUGCAAAGAAGACCCCUGGGGAUGUGCCCCCUGCACAUGGAGCUCCGGGGGCGGGGCGGGAGGGCCUGGGACACCUCGAAGGGUAAGUGGGAGAGGUGGCGAUCAGAGCUGAGCCCACCUCUGGCCUCAGGCCGGCCUCUGAGAGCUUUCUCCUUCCUGUUCCAGGCUGUCUGUGCCCGGUACCCACCAUGGCUGGGCUGCUGAAAAGGAAGUUUGACCAGUUGGAAGAGGAUGACUCCUCACUCUGCUCGUCUUCGUCUUUGUCCUCCUCCGGCCACCACUCUGGCUCCUGCUCCCCAAGCUCUUCGGUCUCCCCAGCCUGGGACUUGGAAGAGGAGAGCCCCUGGGAUCAGAUGUCCCCGCCUGACCGAAACGUCUGUGGCCCCCAAAGUUUUACCCCCUUGUCCAUCCUGAAGCGGGCUCCCCGGAAGCGUCCAGGCCGCGUAGCCUUCAACGGCACCACUGUCUUCUACUUCCCUCGGUGCCAGGGCUUCACCAGCGUGCCCAGCCGCGGUGGCUGCACUCUGGGUAUGGCCCCUCGCCACAGUGCCUGCCGCCACUUCUCCUUGGCUGAGUUUGCACAGGAGCAGGCCCGGGCGCGGCAAGAGAAGCUCCGCCUACGCUUGAAGGAGGAGAAGCUGGAGGUGCUUCGAGCGAAGCUUACAGAGGCUGGGGUACCUGAGGCGGAGGCCGGCCUGACUCUGACCGUGGAUGCCAUUGAUGAUGCCUCUGUGGAUGAGGAGUUGGCAGAGGCCGUGGCAGGUGGCCGGUUGGAGGAAAUGACCUCCCUCCAUCCCUACCCGGCCCGGAAGCGGCGGGCCCUGCUGCGGGCUGCAGGCGUGCGGAAGAUCGAUCGAGAGGAGAAGCGGGAGCUGCAGGCUCUGCGCCAGUCCCGGGAGGAUUGUGGCUGUAACUGCGAUAGGGUCUGUGACCCUGAGACCUGCAGCUGCAGCCUGGCGGGCAUCAAGUGCCAGAUGGACCACACAGCGUUCCCCUGUGGCUGCUGCAAGGAGGGCUGCGAGAACCCCAAGGGCCGUGUGGAAUUCAAUCAGGCGCGGGUUCAGACCCACUUGCUGCACACACUCACCCGCCUGCAGCUGGAGCAGGGGGCUGAGAGCCUUGGGGAGCUGGAGGCCCCUGCCCCGGGCAGUCCACCCAGCCCUGGUGGGCAGGUCCUGACCCCCACUUUCCCACUGGCCAACCCCCCCGUGAGCAGCGAGCUGGGAGACCACAGCUGCAGCAGCGACAUGACUGACUCCUCCGCAGCAUCGGGCACCAGCGAGCCCCCUGACAGUCCUGCGCAUCCAGCCCUGCCUGACCCUGGCUUCCAGCCUGGUAUGGAGGAUGACAGCCUCGAGCGGAUCCUGAGAUUCAGUGACUCAGACCUGGGUGGAGAGGAGGACGAAGAAGGGGGCGUGGGGAACCUCGACAACCUCAGCUGCUUCCACCUCGCCGAUAUCUUUGGUUCUGGUGACCCCGGUGGCCUGGCUGGCUGGACCCACAGCUAUGCCAAUACCAGCUUCACAUCAGGCAUCCUGGAUGAAAAUGCCAACUUGGAUGCCAGCGGCUUCCUCAACAGCGGCCUUGAAGGGUUGGGAGAAGGCAGCCUCCCUGGCACCGAGGUGCCGCCCAGCAUGGACGCUGGCCAGAGCAGCUCAGUGGACCUCAGCUGGUCUUCCUGCGACUCCUUUGAGCUGCUCCAGGCCCUGCCAGACUACAGUCUGGGGCCCCACUACACCUCUCGGAAGGUGUCUGACAGCCUGGACAACCUUGAGGCAUCCCACUUUCCCUUACCUGCCUUUUCCCCGCCGGGGGACACCGGCGUUUGCUUCUUGGAAUCCAUCAUGGGCUUGUCGGAGCCAGCUGCCGAGACUCUGCCUUCCUUCUGGAACAGCCGGUUGUUUGAGGACACUGCCCUGGCAUCACUGCUGGAGCUCGUGCCUGUGUGAGGACUAGGGGGCCUUUUCCCGGCCCCGAAAGCCCUGUUGCUGCUGUGCCAUAAUUUGGGGGCUCUCUGGGGCCUGUAGGUAACCGUCUCCCAUUGGCCGGCUCACCCAUGUGGGCAUUCCUAAUUUCCAUGCAACCCUCUGGGUUGAUGUAUUAUUUAUUUUUGUAACUUUCUGUGCUGGAGAGAGUGGGAGGGGGCUCCCCCCUUCAGCCACCCAGCCCCUGGUGCCCAGUUUCUCCCACUUCCAUGGCGCAUGCCAGGAAGAGGAGGGCAUGAUGUUUCUUAGCCUAAUGACAGCGAGACAGGGCUGGAAACAUCUACCUCUUCCGGCUUCUGCCACCCUGAGCCCUCCCCCCGGGUGGCUGAAUCCUCUGGACUGUGAAGAACAUAAUUUAUUUCCAUAAUUUAUUUGGAGACUAGGCAGCUUAGGCUUCUCAUCCCUGGCUGGGGUCAGGGUGGGGCACAGACCCCACGAGUCCCUUUUACCUGAUGGUCCUGCAGCCCUGCCCUGCCUGGUCUUAGGUGUAGACCAGAUGUGGAUUCAAACCCUAUGUCUACUGUGGCAGCUGCCUGGCUCUGGAUGGUUGAGCAGGCAGAGGUUAGCCUCGGACAGUGUCUGGGCAGAGGAGGGACUGAGCUGACCAACCGUGACCCACUCAGCCCCCUCUACUUCCUGUCCUCUGCCCCAUCUCUCCCCUCCCCCAAGGGCCAUAGCCUUUAGUCCUGGUCCAUCAAUGUAGGAAGGGGAAGCAGGAGGCCGAGAGCGUGCAAGGGGCUUGCCUCAGUGCCUCGGGGCCCACCGCAUGCCCUUGAAGACAAUCUCAGGGCUUUCUGGACACUGCACUCCAGCCUGGCCCACCUGCCUGUACCCUUGGCCAGUUGGCCAAGACGAGGGGUGGUGCCUUAUGGCUCUUAUGCCCGUUUGUUGAUGAUGAAUUUUGCAUCCUAAUUUCUAUAUUGUCCCUGAAUAUUGUAACUAUAAUUUAUUCAUUUUUUCUCUGUGUCUGUGCCAAGGAGCCCAGGCUCUGGGCUUGCCUUCUUACCCAGGAGGCCGUCAGCCUGUGUGCUUGUGGGAACACCUUCUACCUGAACUUACAGGUACCAAUAAAAAGGCUCUAUUUUUAA